AUGGCUUCCUUCGCUCAUCUCUUACUCAGCUUUCUCUUCAUCCUCUCUUUCUCAACGCUUCCAAUCCAUGCAAGAGAGCUAAAAUCCUUCAACAAGGCAGUGCACAAUGAGUUCCCUUCUGAAACUGCAACCAAUCCUGAAGAAAUUCAGGCAUCGUCGGCGGCCAUCGGGGGAGAACAGCCUGAGAAUCUCCCCCCACAAAGCACAAAUGGCUAUGGCCUCUACGGCCACGGAUCAGAGGAAUACUUCCCCACUAAUGAAAGAUCAAGAAUCCCCAGAACGGAGUUCAGUUCUGAAAUCCCUGAAAGCAGGGAAGCCAAUGCCUUCUACCCGCGUGAUGAGAGCCAGAUCAACAAGGAGAAAUAUGGGAUGAGUGAUACCAGAGUUGUUGAGAAUGGAAAGUAUUUCUAUGAUUUAAAUGAUCAGAGGCACGGUGAAGCUUAUGAUCCUGCAACGGGUAAUUCUGAAGGGUAUGGAGUAAAGGACAAUGGAAGGUUUGGUUAUGGAGUUUAUAACUAUGAGGGGAGAGGAAAAGGUUAUGGUUAUAGCCAGGAAAUGGAAGGGAAACAGAAUUAUCAGAACCAAGAAAUCAAUCGAGAACAGUAUUAUGAACCAUGA